UUUCUUUCUCAAAAACUUUAAAAAACCACAGUUUUGCAGUUCUUAUUAUUGACAUUACCAUAAUUUGCUUUUAAUGUGGAGCAUUGGGAACUGUGCUAUAAUAGCCUUUUAGCUGCUGAGACAUCCUAGACUUAUGUGUUAUGUCCUCUGCUUCCCUUUUGGCUUUCUGCCACUCUACUCCUCCUUUUCUACCUUAGCUUUCUAUAAACAUUUUUAAAGCACCUUCCUCCUUUACUUCUUUGUUCCCUCCAUUUCCCUGUUUGAUUAGAUUCUUUAGGAUUUUCCACCCCUACUAUAAAUGUACACAUUUUUUCAAUUAAAUGAAGCAUUUCAAUACAUGCCCUCUUGGUAAAUGACUUCAAAGUUAUAAGUUCUAGUUUGGCUCAUACACUUUCUUGCAUGGUUGUCAAAUUUUAUUACUUUCAAGAUUUUGUCUACUCAUUUUCAAGUUUUUUUGGCUUCAAAGAGUGAUGGGGUUCUUCAAGAAAUCUAGUCUGUUUGUAUGACAAAGUUGAAUUGAACUCAUUUUCAAGAAUUUAAGUUUGUUUGUGUGACCAUGUUUUUAUUUCAAGACUUUGUGAACUCAUUUUCAAGAAUUUAUGGCUUGAGAAAAUGAUGGGGAGCUUCAAGAAUCUUAGUCUGUUUGUGUGACAAAGUUUUUUUUCUUAACACUUGGUGAACUCAUUCAAGAGUUUUUUUGGUUUCAAAGAAAGAUGAGGAGCUUCAAGAAUUCAAGUUUAUGUGUGUUUGUUUUCUUCUACCUCGUUCAUUUUGGUGUCUGGUGCAAUGGUGAUACUGAAAGUAUGGCAGCUCCAAUGGAGAAAAAUGAGAUAAAUGCACUUUAUUCUGCUAUUCAAGGAUUUGUGGGCAAAUGGUGGAAUGGUUCAGAUCUUUAUCCAGAUCCUUGUGGUUGGACUCCUAUACAGGGUGUAUCUUGUGACCUGUUUGAUGGUUUUUGGUAUGUUACUGACUUAAAUAUUGGACCUAUACAUGAUAAUUCUGUAAGUUGUGCACCAAAUGUGGAAUUCAGUCCCAAUAUCUUUACUCUAAAGCACCUUAAAUCUCUCUCAUUCUUCAAUUGUUUCGUUUCGCCUCGCCACCAUCCAACUCCAAUCCCUACAGAGAGCUGGGAAUUUCUUGCUGGUAGCUUGGAGUCACUCGAGUUUCGAUCAAAUCCUGGUCUCAUUGGACAAAUCCCCACAACAUUUGGAAGGCUCAUAAAGCUCCAAUCUUUAGUACUAGUAGAAAAUGGAUUAUCUGGUGAAAUGCCACCAAAUCUUGGGAAUUUAGUGAACUUGAGGAGACUAGUUCUUGCUGGAAACAAACUUAAUGGUAAAAUCCCGGACAGUUUCGGAGGGUUCACUCAACUUUUGAUAUGUGAUUUAAGCAGAAAUUCACUUUCUGGUGUAUUGCCUAAAGGAUUAUUUGGAGGGUUGGUUUCACUUUUGAAACUUGAUUUGAGUUACAACCGAAUAGAGGGAAAAAUUCCAGAAGAGAUUGCAAAACUGACCGAUUUGACACUUUUGGACCUUAGUAACAACUUUUUAUCAGGUGGAUUGACAAGGUCACUUCAAGAAAUGACAUGUUUGGAAGAGUUAGUCUUGUCAAAAAAUCCAAUGGGUGGAUUCUUGGAGAGUCUUGAUUGGCAAAACAUGAGAAAGUUAACAACUUUGGAUCUGUCAAACAUGAACUUGACAGGUGGGAUACCAGGGUCUAUAGCAGACCUAAAAAAACUAAGAUUUUUAGGUCUUAAUGAUAAUAAACUCAAUGGACAAAUACCAAAAAGUCUUGAAAAUCUUCCUAAUGCAAGUGCUAUUUACCUACAUGGUAACGAUCUGACAGGUGAACUUAAAUUCUCUGAAUGGUUUUAUGGGAAAAUGGGAAGGAGAUUUGGGGUAUGGGGAAAUCCAAAUAUUUGUUACCCUUUUGGUUUGAUGUCAACAAGAUACGUCCCAUUUGGGGUAAAACCAUGUCAGCAAGAAAAUUUUAUUAUUCAUCUUGAUGAGACAAAGUCAAAGUUGGCAAAUGGGAAUUUUGUGGUUGAUCAGAAUUCUCAUUCUUCAAUGGCAUCUUUAAAUGGGAUUUGGAGAUGUUUUCUAGUUGAGCUAUUUAUGGUCAUUCUCCUACUGUUGAAUUGAAAAAUGGGAAUUUGGAUGUGAGAAAAGAUGCCAUUGGCAACAGUGAUCAACCUUUUUUUGUAUUUUUUGUUUCUUUCUUCAAAUGUAUUCCGUUGUCUUUUAAACAUAUGAAUGAAUGGAUGUACAUAGUUGACUCU